GGCCACAUCUCCGACGACAUCGAGCCCUGGCUCCGGCCAGAUGUGCGUCGAGGUGCAAGGGGAAGAGAUUUCUCCUGAGGAGUUCCACACUGGGAUCGGCUGGUGGCAAGUGGGCCAGCGCAUAACAGCCCCGGCGAGCGAGGGCUCCGCCGCUCGCCAGUCGAGGCCUAAAACAAGAGACCACGUCAACAGAAAAGUUAUCGCAACGACAACAAGGGCAGCGAGAAUGCCAGACGUGCUGCCGAGAGAGGACACCAAAGUGAUUGUGAGGCCGCGGGGAGGCCUAAACAUCGCAAGAACGCAGACUGGGAUCGUUGCCUCGGCCAUCAUGGCUGCGGCGAGGGUUUCCAGAGAAGACGGUGCGGCGGAUACCUUCUGCCCCAACCUACACCAGAAUAUCAUGGUGGUGAGUACCCCCGAUAAGGGGCGUACUUUGUCCUAUGCCAAGAUUCAGGCCAUCCGCAUCGGGGACAAGAUACACGAGGUAGGCGCGUACCAAACCACACCCUAUGGCACGGUCAAGGGGAUCAUUCGAGGCAUUCCCAUUGAAGAUACUCCGGCGGAGAUUGACCGGAACGUUGUUAGCUCAAGAAAUCCAUUAGCAAGAGGGGCGCAAAGAAUUGGCAAUACGACUACCGUAAUUGUAGUUUUUGAAGGCCAAAAGGUUCCAAAUUAUGUAUGUUAUGGCCCUGUGUUAACGAGGUGCAGCCUGUACCGCAAGCAUUUCGAUGUCUGCAAACAGUGCGGCAAAAUAGGCCACAGAAGAGACGUUUGUCCUAACCCCAAUAUGAAAGUGUGCUUCGACUGUGGGGCCAAUAACCCUGUCGAUGGCCACGAGUGUAAGCCUAAAUGCAAACUAUGUGGGGGACAACACCCAACGGCCGAUAGAGAAUGCAAGAACAAAUACAAAACUCCCUACGUAGUAACGAAAAGGCAGUGGGAGCGCAAGAUGGCGGAACAGCGCGUACAGCAACAACUAGCAUCCGGAGAGUUUCCACCGUUGAUGACAGAAGCAAACGAGGCGUUGCGGAAGAAGAACACUGAACUAGAGGCGACAGUCAAUAAGCUCAGCAAGGAAAUGGCAGAGAUCAAGAGAAUGAUGACGGUCCAGCUACAGCAGCAGCAGGCACCGCCUUUAUCGCCACAACCACAGCAGAUGGCAAUGACCGAGGAUGAACCAGAAGUAGCGGUGAACCCGAGGACAGAGAACGCGGCCUCGGCGGGUCCGGCACCCAAGAGAAGAGCAAUUGAAAAUCUCAAAGAGCGGAGACUCUGCGAUAGGGUAGACAACCUUGAAGACAGGCUCACCCACUUUGAAGAGUAUAUUCGCACGACAUUCACCAAGACAAUCACCGACCGUUUCAUAGCAAUUGAACAGACGUGCCAGCAAUUUACUACGACAGCACAGAAUUUGGCAACGCAAAUGGCUAACUUUCAGCAAACAUGGAUAGGACAUCAACCACCGCAACCACAACAGCAGUGA